UGACGGCGGAGUUCGGGAGGAGGAGGAGCAGCUGGAGCCCGCAGGACCGAGGAGGAAGCACCUCCCAGCGGACAGUCGAGCCUCCGAGCGGCGCCGGACGGAUCAGUGGAGCCCGACAGCAGCACGGAGCCCAACGGAACCAUGGCCGAUAGCGAGCCCCGGUCCGGUUCCGAACCUGACCAACUCGUCUUCUUUGUCAACGGCAAGAAGGUCGUGGAGAAGGAGGCCGACCCAGAGAUGAACCUGCUGACGUUCCUGCGCAGAAAACUGGGUUUAACAGGGACCAAGCUGGGCUGUGCUGAGGGCGGCUGUGGAGCCUGUACGGUCAUGUUGUCCAGAUACGACCCGGCCAGCGAGCAGCUGCUUCAUUACGCCGUCAACGCCUGCCUCGCCCCGGUCUGCUCGCUGCACCUGGUCGCCGUGACGACGGUGGAGGGAAUCGGCAGCGUGGCCAGAAAACUUCACCCUGUCCAGGAGCGACUCGCUCGGUCUCACGGCUCUCAGUGUGGAUUCUGCAGUCCGGGAAUCGUCAUGUCCAUGUACGCUCUGCUGAGGAAUCGGCCGACACCAAGGAUGGCCGACGUGGAGGAGGCUUUCCAGGGGAAUCUGUGUCGCUGCACCGGAUAUCGACCGAUCCUGGAGGGAUUCAAGACGUUCACCGUGGAGGGGGCGUGCUGUGGAGGCAGAGGGCGGGAAAACGGCUGCUGUUUGACCAAUGGGAGCGCAGCUGACAAAACCUCUGAUGAUGUAAGUGAAGCCCCGCCCCUGUUUAGCGCUGCAGACUUUAUGCCUUUAGAUCCAACGCAGGAAGUCAUCUUCCCCCCCGAACUCAUGACUUUGUCUAAAGGUCAGAGGUCACAGUCACUGUGUUUCCGUGGAGACCGAUCGACGUGGCUGCAGCCGGACAGUUUGGACGAGUUUCUGCGUCUGAAAUGGAAACAUCCAAAUGCUAGAGUGGUGGUGGGCAACACAGAAGUGGGUAUUGAGGUGAAGUUUAAGAACACGGUUUAUCCGAUAAUUCUUUCUCCGACCUUCAUCUCCGAAUUGAAUGCUGUGACUCACACCGAGGACGGAAUUGUGUUUGGUGCGGCAUGCACUCUGAGCCACAUGGGGGCGGUACUGAGGCAGGCGGCCGACGCUCUUCCUCCUCAUCGGACCGAAGUCUUCCUUGCUAUCCUGGAACAGCUGCGCUGGUUCGCUGGACAACAGAUUCGAAAUGUGGCGGCUGUUGGGGGAAACAUCAUGACCGCGAGCCCCAUAUCUGACCUGAACCCUGUUUUUAUGGCGGCAGGCUGCAGACUCACACUGAUGGACAAAGACGGCAGUCGUGUGGUUCAGAUGGACGACGGUUUCUUCACAAGUUACAGGAGGACGAUUCUGCGACCGCAAGAAGUCCUGCUCUCCGUGCACAUCCCAUACAGCAAGAAGAAUCAGUUCGUCUCCGCCUUCAAACAGUCUCCUCGCCGCGAGGAUGACAUCAGCAUCGUCACCGCGGCGAUGAGCGUCACUUUCACUGCGGGGAUGAAUGUGGUCGAGGACCUGAGGCUGAGCUAUGGCGGCAUGGCGGCCACCACAGUCCUGGCAAAGCAGACGGCCAGCCGACUGCUGGGAAGGCCAUGGGGGGAGGAGCUUCUGCAGGAUGCCUGUUCCUCAUUGGCUGAGGAGUUGAGUCUGGACCCAUCGGCGCCAGGCGGCAUGGUGACGUACCGGCGGACUCUGAGCCUCAGCCUGUUCUACAAGUUCUACCUGACGGUGCUGCAGAAGCUGCGACUGCAGGGAGUUGCCGUGGACGACGUCGCCUCAAACUGUCUGACCGCGACAGAAGUUUACUGUCCGCAGACGCCGACCAGUGUUCAGAUCUACCAGGCGGUGCCACAGGGGCGGAGUCAGGAUGACGUGGUAGGCCAUCCUAUGAUGCACCUGUCGGCCAUGAAGCAGGCGACAGGUGAAGCGGUUUACUGCGACGACAUCCCGCUGUACGAGAACGAGCUGUACCUGUCACUCAUCACCAGCAGCAAGGCUCACGCUCGGAUCCUCUCUGUUGAUGCAGCGGCGGCGGAGAGUUCCUCAGGUGUCGUUUGCUGCCUGUUUGCUGACGACAUCCCCGGCAGUAACGCCACCGGACCAAUUGAAUAUGACGAGACCGUGCUCGCUGAAGGCCAGGUGACCUGCGUGGGACACAUCAUUGGCGCCGUGGUGGCCGACACUCAGCUUCACGCUCAGCGAGCCGCCAGAGCAGUCAGGAUUCAGUACGAAGAGCUGCCGCCGGUCGUCACCAUCCAGGAGGCCAUCGCUGCCCAAUCCUUCUACCAGCCAACCAGAACCAUCCAGAAGGGAGACCUGGAGGCGGGGUUUAAACAGGCCGACCACAUCUUGGAAGGUGAGAUUCACAUCGGAGGUCAAGAACAUUUCUACCUGGAGACCAAUGUGACCCUUGCUGUUCCCCGAGGAGAAGAUGGCGAGAUUGAGCUGUUCGUGUCCACGCAGUCAGCCUCCAAAACACAGGUGCUGGUGGCGAAGGCGCUGGGCAUCCCCGCCAACCGAGUUCUGGUCCGAGUGAAGAGGAUGGGUGGUGGGUUUGGUGGGAAGGAGAGUCGGACCACCGUGUUGUCCACUGUGGUUGCCGUGGCAGCGAACAAGCUGAAGAGGCCGGUCAGGUGCAUGUUGGACCGAGAUGAGGACAUGUUGGUCACUGGAGGACGACACCCCUUCUAUGGGAAGUACAAGGUCGGGUUCCUGAACAGCGGAAAGGUUGUGGCUCUGGACGUGUCAUAUUACAGCAACGCAGGAAACUCGAAGGACCUGUCGCUGUCGAUCAUGGAGCGCGCUCUGUUCCACAUGGAGAACUCGUACAGUGUGGCCAAUGUGCGUGGCUGCGGCUUCCUGUGUCGUACCAACCUGCCAUCCAACACCGCCUUCAGGGGCUUCGGUGGGCCGCAGGGCAUGAUGGUGGCCGAGAGCUGGAUCACCGACGUGGCUCAGAGUCUGGGCCGCUCCGCGGAUGAGGUCCGUCGGUUGAACCUAUACAAGGAAGGCGAGUUGACACCCUACAACCAGAUCCUGGAUCACCUGACUUUGGACCGCUGCUGGGACGAGUGUUUGUCCCGCUCUGGAUACCAGCAACGCCGAGCUGCCGUCGAGCUGUACAACAGACAGAACCGCUGGACGAAGCGAGGCCUUGCUGUGGUUCCCACCAAGUUCGGCAUCAGCUUCACCGCCGUCUUCCUCAACCAGGCCGGUGCUCUGGUUCAUAUCUACACCGACGGCUCGGUUCUGCUGACCCACGGAGGAACCGAGAUGGGACAAGGACUCCAUACCAAGAUGGUCCAGGUCGCCAGCCGGGUUCUGGGGAUCCCCUGUUCAAAGAUCCACAUCACAGAGACCAGCACCAACACGGUGCCCAACACCAGCCCCACCGCCGCCUCCGCCUCCUCCGACCUGAACGGCGGUGCAGUGCAGAACGCCUGCGAGACGCUGGUCAAACGCCUGGAACCGUACAAGGCCAAGAACCCCAAAGGAUCAUGGGAGGACUGGGUGACGGCAGCGUAUUUCGACAGAGUCAACCUCAGUGCAAACGGAUUUUAUAAGACUCCAGAUCUCGGUUACGACUUUGAUUCAAACUCAGGCCGAGUGUUCAACUACUUCUGCUACGGAGUGGCCUGUUCAGAGGUGGAGAUCGACUGUCUGACCGGAGCUCACAAGAACCUGAGCAGCACCAUCGUGAUGGACGUUGGUCACAGUCUGAACCCAGCGAUCGACAUCGGACAGGUGGAGGGAGGCUUCAUGCAGGGUCUGGGUCUCUUCACCCUGGAGGAGCUGCAUUACUCUCCUCAGGGCGUCCUCCUCACUCGGGGUCCAGGCUCCUAUAAGAUCCCGGCCUUCGGCGACAUUCCGACCCAGCUGACCGUCUCGCUGCUGCGCGACGCCCCCAACAACAAGGCCGUGUUUGCCUCCAAGGCUGUGGGUGAACCUCCACUCUUCCUGGCUGCAUCCGUCUUCUACGCCAUCAAAGACGCCAUCAGCGCCGCCCGGUCCGAAUCGGGCCUGAGCGGUCCGUUCAGGCUGGACAGCCCCGCCUCGGCCGAGAGGAUCCGCAACGCCUGCAGCGACCGGUUCACCAAACUGUGUCCUGCUGCUGAGCCGGGAACCUUCGUGCCCUGGUCCGUUCAGGUGUAGGACAGAGAAGGUCCACCAUCAGUCCAGAACCACAGAACCCCGACAACACGUUCAGUAGAAAUACAUUUAAAUAUCUGUACAAACAACCACUAAACAGGCAGCAGGGUUGUUCAUGCAGUUCUUCCUUCAGACCUGUUCAUCGCGAUCAAAUGUGCUGAACAAGGAUGUGUGCAGCUCGUACAGAACCAAUGACAUCGUGAAGAUUCUAAUAUCUGCCACCAAUAUGAAGUUCAAUCAUAGCGGAGUUCAGUAAUCCACUCACAUAAUCCAGAAUUUGUUAGACGGGAACCUGAAGCUCUUGACUGAUUCGUUCUGGGUUCGGGUCAGUCCCAUCGUCGGUCUGUUUGUUGCAGUAAUUUAUUUUCUCAUCACAUUUGUAAAUUAAAUCUGAAUUAAACAAUGAUGAUUUUGUUCAAUUUAAUUAUGAAAUAAAACUUGCAGAAUUUUAA